CCCAACCUGCCACUCUAUAAAACCUUUUCCUCCCAACCGACACCCCUUCACACAACUCUUUUCAGUUUCACAAAAACUAUACAUAUCACUAUCUUCUCUUCUUCACCUAUCUAUCUAUCUAUGCCUCCAAACUCUUUCUCUCUCUCCAAAAUCACUUCCUCCACCAUGCAACCUCUCACCAACUUUCUCCAAGAUUACACCUUCCUCCUUUUCACCUCCUUCUUCUUCCUCCUCCUCCUAUCCUUCCUCCAAUGGUGGCACCACCAUAACCACAAAAAACUUCCCCCUGGCUCCAUGGGUUGGCCCUACCUCGGAGAAACCCUCAAACUCUACACUCAAAAUCCAAAUUCCUUCUUCUCUAACCGUCAAAAUAGGUAUGGUGAUAUAUUCAAGACAAACAUACUGGGGUGUCCAUGUGUGAUGAUAUCGAGCCCUGAGGCAGCUAGGACAGUCCUUGUAACUCAGGCACAUCUCUUCAAACCAACAUACCCUCCCAGCAAAGAGAGGCUUAUAGGACCAGAAGCUGUCUUCUUUCAGCAAGGUGCCUAUCAUUCCAUGCUCAAGAAGCUCGUUCAGGCCUCCUUUUUGCCCUCCACAAUCAAACACUCUGUCUCUCAUGUCGAGCAAAUUGUUAUCAAAAUGGUUCCUUCUUGGACUAACAAAACCAUCAACACCUUGCAAGAGAUGAAAAAGUAUGCUUUUGAAGUAGCAGCAAUCUCUGCCUUUGGUGAGAUAAAGGAGUUGGAAAUGGAAGAAAUCAGAGAGUUAUAUCGUUGCUUGGAGAAAGGCUACAAUUCUUAUCCAUUACAUCUUCCUGGAACUUCCUAUUGGAAAGCAAUGAAGGCUAGGAAGCAUUUGAAUGAGAGCAUAAGAAGGAUAAUUGAGAGAAGAAAAGUGGAGAGUUCAAAGUAUGGAGGAGGACUAUUGGGAGUUCUAUUGCAAGCAAGAUCUUCACCAUCGAGAUCAAGAUCAACAUGUUCAAGAUCUUCAUCAUGUGGUGAGGAGAAGAAGGUGUUCAUGGAACUGAGUGAUUCUCAAGUAGCAGAUAAUCUGAUUGGUGUGCUAUUUGCUGCACAUGACACCACAGCAAGUGCCCUAACAUGGGUCCUCAAGUACCUUCAUGACAACUCCAAUCUCUUGGAAGCUGUGACGAGAGAACAAGAAGGAAUAAGAAGCAAACUAGCUAUGGAAAAUCGUGGACUUUCGUGGGAUGAUACCAGACAAAUGCCAUUCACAAAUCGGGUAAUUCAAGAAACAUUGAGAAGUGCAAGCAUUUUGUCAUUCACAUUCAGAGAAGCAGUGACAGAUGUUGAGUUGGAAGGUUACACAAUUCCGAAAGGUUGGAAGGUCCUUCCUCUCUUCAGAAGCAUUCAUCAUUCUGCUCACUUCUUCCCUCACCCAGAGAAGUUCGACCCUUCAAGAUUCGAGGUACCACCGAGACCAAACACAUACAUGCCUUUUGGAAAUGGUGUCCACUCUUGUCCAGGCAGUGAGCUGGCCAAGCUAGAACUUCUUGUCCUUCUCCAUCAUCUCACACUUUCUUACAGGUUUCUCCCUCAUAAAUAUCAUAUGCACAUUCAUCAUCAUCAUCAUCAUCUCAUAUUUUAUAAAGUGUUUAACUUUUUAUUUACUCUAAAAUCUAGAGUCUUUAGAAGCAAGUUUUCAACGUUUAUGAUAGAGAUCGACCAUUAUAUUACAUGGAAGAUUGAUUGAGGAAGGUGGUCCUAAUUAAUUAUGUACUGCUUCUGCAUGUUCCUUAAUAUGUGGAAGUGGUCCUCUUAAAGAAAAGAAAAAAAAAGGUUUCUUUUAAUUAAUUCUUAGGGAUCUCAUCAGUAGCAGCCAUGUAUUUCAUACGUAUACGUGGCACACAUGCAUGGUAUUCUUGCCAAACGUAUUCAUAACACUCUUGCACAUGUAACUCAUACACUCAUCUUCUAGAUUCAGAAUAUAGAAGAAAGGUCUUCCUAAGUAUAGCUACAAAAAGUUGCUAUACAUUAUUACAAAUUAUAUUUCUCUUCUUUUAUAUAUGUAUUGUCAUCGCCUUUCAUUUUUUAAAUUAAGAUAAUCACUGCAUAUCUCUCACUUUUAUGGACAAAUCUCGCAUACAUAUAGGGAAUAAUAAAGGAAAAUAAAUUCAUGUUUUCGGAGAGAUGAUAAAAGUUUAAUAAUUUAUUCAAAAUAAGUUUAAUAUAUACAAGAGUUGAAUGAAACUCUUAUAUAUAGAAAAUGAAAUUAAUUUAGUCUUUCAAAAUAGGUGAUUUUUAUGCUAUUUAAUAUUAUAAAAAAACUAGAUUUUUUGAAUUAUUUUAAAGAAUGAAAAUAACUAGUAUAAUAUGAAAGGAAUAAAAAAAUUAUUCAAAAGGAAAAGCCCCUUUUUUAUAUCCACUUAAUCAAUGAAUGUGACUUCACAUUGAUCUUUAUUUAUCUGGACCAAUCAGGAUUAAUUGUCCUUUAGUUUCUGAAGCAAGCUUGGUCCAGAAUUACUCGUGUGUGUAUAUAUAGAUAUAGAUAUAUACUAAAAACUUCAUAGUCAUAGGACACAGUGAAAAAUAUAUAUAUAUAUAUAUAU